AUGGAGGAUUCUCUAUAUGAGCUACUGACUCCUCACUUGAGUUCGACUAGUUUGACAACAACCUUAUCCCGCCCCCGCGCCCUCGAACAAGAUGCGACGACAUCUCGAUAUCUGAAUCGAUUGACUACCCUCUCCCUCGAAUCCUUGUCGACGACAGAAACACAGUCACUAGCUCAAUCAUCGCACUCAACGCUCCUCUCCCUCCAGGCUUUGUCUAAUCGCUCCCAUAAAACCUUCAUCACCUCUGCCGAUAACCUCUCAAAUCUACGCACCUCGAUCCCGCAACUCACACGCGAAUCACGACGACUUCAAGAUGCGAUUCCAAAACUUGAUGAAGAGGCAGUCCAGUUCUCGACGAAAUACAGCCGGACGGCAGAGAAUGUUGCGCUUACAAGGCGGAAGAAGGCGAUGCAGCUGGCGAGGAACGUUGACCGUCUCUCGGAUAUCUUAGAGUUACCCACACUACUAUCAACGGCUGUGUCGUCGGCUGCAGCGUCGGGAACCGCAGGGGCUUCAUCGUCUACAACAUAUUCGUCUGCAUUGGACCUCUACACUCAUAUUAAGCGAUUGCAAACCCUGUAUCCGGAUUCCUCCCUGGUGAAAGAUGUGGCCGCCCAAGCCGAAGAUGCGAUGAAGGAGAUGGCGACAAACCUUAUCACGAGUCUGCGAGCGCAGAAUCUUCGACUUGCGGCUGCCAUGCGGACCGUGGGUUGGUUGCGACGGGUAGCGCCGGAGUUGGAGAAUCUGCACAGCGAAGGAGGAAAUGGCUCGAGUGAGGGAGCGCUGGGUGCUCUUUUCCUGAUUUGCAGACUAGCAAACUUGGUGUCGACAUUAGAGGCCCUAGAUCCUUUACGAGACCUCGCAGACCAAGAGACGCAACGCCGAACACGCAGUGCAGACAAGCAAGGCGGUCCUGAGGGCCAGCAGACAGAACGAUUCUUAAAAAAAUAUAUUGAGAUCUUCCGUGAGCAGAGCUUUGCGAUUGUCUCUUUGUAUAAAAACAUCUUUACUCCCGACCAAUCUGAACCUGAUCUGGCCACCGCGGGCUUACGAGGACUCGAUGCGCGAGCAAAAAUGGCAUCGUCGCGACAAACGCGCCCCGAGGACCCUUUACAAUGCCUUCCAUCAGCACUAUCCACCUUUCCGAUGCAUCUUGUCCAGCUGCUGACAGAAAUAUUACGUACUUAUCUACCCAAUGUCAAGAGCAAGAGUACACGGGAAAGUCUCCUAACUCAGGUUCUGUACUGCGCGGCUAGUCUGGGACGACUCGGAGGAGAUUUCAGUAUGAUUCUGACGGAAUUGGCCGAUGUUGAAGAUGAGGACGAGGAAGAUAGCAUUGUCUAUGAAUGGGAGGAAGUGAUGAGAAAGCAUAGGGCUCUGGCAGGGCGCUUAGAGCAGCUGACCGGCGGGAACUCCGCUGCAGGGACCCCUGGAGGAACCUUGCGAUCUGCAUCUCCCGUCCACUGA